AUGGAUCACGACCACCACCUCCACCAGGAACCCUUUGAGGACCAACACGCUGCCUGGCACCCGGACGCUGCAUACAACCCCCACCACCAUCACCAACACCACCAGUCGCCCGUCCAAGACUACAAUGCCUUCACCACCUACCCGCCACUUCCCAUGGAACCCAUGUACGCUACCGGCAUGCACCCACCGCACCAGACUCACCCAACGACAAGAACCACACACGCCCAGCUGCAGCCUCUGAUCAUGCCGCAAAUGCCCCAGUGGCCGAGCAUGCUCACCAGCCAGUCGACAUACCAGGCCCCGCUGUUCCCCUCUGCUCCUCCCCCCAUUACGCCAGCAUCGGCAACACCAGUCUCGGCCACUUCGACCCAGUCCCGUACUUCGUCAACGCCCCGAAAGACGCUUACCGACGCCGACCGCCGCCGCAUGUGCCAGUACCACGAGGACAACCCCACGGUCAAACAAACAGAAAUUGGAGCAAUGUUUGGUGUGGAGCGAAGUACCGUUUCAAAAGUCCUGCGCCAAAAAGAAAAGUACCUGUACCAGGACGACGGCAGCCGCUCGCCCAUCAAAAGGUCCAAAGGCAAAUUCCCCGACAUUGAACGUGCUCUCUCCAACUGGGCCCGGAACCACCAGAGGCAAGGGUUGCCGCUAUCCGAUGCCAUUAUCCGGGACAAGGCGCGCUUCUUUGCUCAGACGGUUGGCAACUCGGAGAGCCACCUCAAGGCCAACAGCACUAGCUGGCUGGAAAAGUUCAAGCAAAAGAACCAUCUCAUGGGUGCAAAGUCGAGGAAGGGGUCGAUAGCAGAAGAGUCCGAGGGCACGUCAAACCCGCCUUCCAACGCGCAUACGCCGGGGGCCAUUUCACCGACCUCGCCCGGCGGGGUAUCGCCCGCCACCGCGACGGCGACGAUGAAGGCCAAGAAGAGCGAGGAAAACCUAAAGACGGAGAGCCCCGAUGCCUACGACUUUUCGAGUCAUCGCCGGCCGUUCCAUUCGCAGAGCAGUACGUCACUGUCCAGCGUCUUCACAGAUACGGCGCCGUCGACGUUUUCCGCCGGUCCUACCAGCCCCACGUCGCUCUCAUCACCCUUCUUCACGCCCGACUCAGCAUGUGGGCCGACGCCCUUCAUAGGCAAUCGCCAGCCCGCCAGCGGCCAGCCGGGGACGAGUAACUUUCAACGACCACGAAGCCAAACCUUCCCCAUGUUGGUCGGAGUGGAGCAGUACAUGUCACCGCCAGGCUCUUCUGAUGCGCUGACUCCCAAGUACGUUAGUAGCGGCGCGCUCGACUCUCCCAUGACCGAGAUGCCUCCCUUGCCAGCCAUUGACGAGGGCAUGUCCUUGUCACCGACUCAGCUCCCCAACUCGAUGCAACCCCCUCCCUUGCCGGCUGCGUCAGGCCAUGGUGACGACAAGGGCUCACCUGUUGACUCGUCGGCCAUGACGCUGUCUCAAGAAGAAGCAGCGCGCGCAUUAGAGCUUGUCAUGAGCUUCUUCCAGUCACAGAAUGCGGGCUUUGUGGUUGAGCCACAAGAGUACGUGACGAUUGGCAAGCUGAUGGAGAAGCUCCGAAUCAAGCGCGGCUCAGAGAGCCUGGCGUCGGGCAUGCGACGGGCGUCCGAGUCGAGCUUUGUGACGACCAAGCUUGAGAGCGUCGAUGCGAUCCACUAA